AGCACGGCGCCAUCUUAGACCAGCGCGCCAUGAAGUCCAAGAUGGAGGAUUUCUUCAGCCGGUACCGGCAGCGGGCGGAGGCCGUGGCCGCCUACAACAGGUCGCUGCGCCGGUCCUCUCCCCAGCCGGACAGGAAGAAGAAGAAGCGGGCUGGCCUGGGCUCGCUGACCGAUGAGAACAGCUUCGUCUAUCACAGCCUGCCCGACCCCAAGCAGAUCGCUCAGCUACGUCAGCAGCGUGACGUCUCGCACAACGCCAAACCUGACACGUCACGAGGUGGUCUCCGGCCCGGCCACGGCUAUCUGGCAAGUCCGGAUGUGAGGACGAGUGGCCAGGUGCUAGGGAAGGCCAGCGGCAAACCGUUACCGCCCAUAGCCAGGACAGCGUCGUCUUUGGGGAAAGAAGAACUGCCGACGCAGAAAGCUUCAGUACCCGUGAGUUCUCCAGAAAACAGCGUGUCUGGUACACAGAAUAUGAAGCCUAAACACGCCGUAAAACCGGUGAAAAGCUUGGAGAAAAGUGACCACAAAGGCAACCGACCAAUCAAAGACACAGACGACGAGGACGACGACAUCCAAUCAAAAGCGGCCAGACGACUCAGCGACAGACAUGACGGUCUCCGCCAGCAGAUGACGUCACAACGGUCGCCUGAACAUUCAGCAGACGACGCCAAACUUCUCCCGUCUCUGAGGGAGGACCGAGUGACGUCACGGUCUCGCAGACGGAAAGAACUGGAGGAUCUCGGAGCAGCGAUUCUUUUAUCCCCAGACCACGAGAAGCCGUCAGGCGGGGAGAUCCCAGUCGUUCUCUCCAGGGCACCCACCUUAGUGCUUCCUCCGAUCCGCCCCACCAAAGACUUGAUGAAAAACAUGAACGCUUUCUCGGACGCGACCAGGAAGUAGGGAGAAGAGAGUUCGAGAUUAAAAUUUGUGACUGGCAUACCACGCCAGAAUA